AUGAAGGCCAUGGAAGCAGUGAAAAAGAGACAGAAGAACAUAAGCCUGCACCACCAGAGCCUCAAGCCCGAGGCCCUAGUGAGACGCCCCGUAGUCCGAAUCGCUUCGGCCGCGGUCAGCGGAGCCCCGGGCUGGGGGCUGCAGUCUCAGGCUGUGCAGACAAAUGGAACUCAACCAUUAAGCAAAACAUGGGAACUCAGUUUAUAUGAAUUACAACGAACACCUCAGGAGGCAAUAACAGAUGGCUUGGAAAUUGUGGUUUCACCUAGAAGUCUACACAGUGAAUUAAUGUGCCCAAUUUGUUUGGAUAUGUUGAAGAACACCAUGACUACAAAGGAGUGUUUGCAUCGUUUUUGUGCAGUUUGUAUUAUCACAACCCUUAGAAGUGGCAACAAAGAAUGUCCUACUUGUCGGAAAAAGCUAGUUUCCAAAAGAUCACUAAGGUCAGACCCAAACUUUGAUGCACUUAUCAGCAAAAUUUAUCCAAGUCGUGAUGAGUAUGAAGCUUAUCAAGAGAGAGUAUUAGCCAGGAUCAACAAGCACAAUAAUCAGCAGGCACUCAGUCACAGCAUUGAGGAAGGACUGAAGAUACAGGCCAUGAACAGAUUACAGCAAGGUAAGAAACAACAGAUUGAAAAUGGCAGUGGAGCAGAAGAUAAUGGUGACAGUUCACACUGUAGUAAUGCAUCCACAUAUAGCAAUCAGGAAGCAGGCCCUAGUAACAAACGGACCAAAACAUCUGAUGAUUCUGGGCUUGAACUUGAUAAUAACAAUGCAACCGUGGCAAUUGAUCCAGUAAUGGAUGGUGCUAGUGAAAUUGAAUUAGUAUUCAGGCCUCAUCCCAUACUUAUAGAGAAAGAUGACAGUGCACAGACAAGAUAUAUGAAGACUUCAGGUAAUGCCACUGUUGAUCACUUAUCCAAGUAUCUGACUGUGAGGUUAGCUUUAGAAGAACUUCGAAGCAAGGAAGAAUCAAAUCAGAUGAAUCUUGAUACUGCCAGUGAGAAGCAGUAUACCAUUUAUAUAGCAACAGCAAGUGUGUUCACUGUAUUAAAUGGCUCUUUUUCUUUGGAAUUGGUCAGUGAGAAGUACUGGAAAGUAAAUAAACCCAUGGAACUUUAUUAUGCGCCCACCAAGGAGCACAAAUGAGCUUUUAAAAACCAAUUCUGAGACUGAACUUUUUUAUAGCCUGUUUCUUUAAUAUUAAAGAUGUACCAUCAUUACUUUUAUGGACAGAUCUUGGAUAUGUUGUUCAAUUUUUCUUUCUGAGCCAGACUCGUUUACACUUUUAGAAUCAUUUCCCCUUAAUUUAAGAUUGACUUUUUGGAAGGGACUAUAGUCAUUCAGUAAUUUUGCUUUCCUUUGAAGACUAUAUCUUAAGUUGUGUGCUCUCACAAAGUAUGGUUACAUUGGGAGCACCUUUGACCCAGGAAUUUUUCAUAGUCCUGCAUUCUUAAGUCAAGAUUCAGUUGGCCAUCCUUUUCCCUCUCCCCUCAAAAGUUUUUUA